GUAGAAAUAAAAUUUUCUGCUGCUCGCGAAUCUAUCUUAUUUUACGAUCGGGUUCCCUGCGAACUUUUCCUUCACCGCUCUGUAUCGACGGGAAAGACUUGCAUUGGUUUCCGCUUCUCCCCAGCCUGCUAGGUUUUACGCAAUACAGAGAUCGUAAGAUCUAAAGAUCCAAAAGACGGGAGACCCACGGUCCCAUCUGUUGUCGAUGACCAUGGCCGCAUCUGCUCCCGUUAAAGUCGUAUUGCUAGACAUCGAGGGCACAGUUUGUCCAAUCUCUUUUGUCAAAGAUGUCCUGUUCCCCUACGCCUUGAAGGCUCUUCCGAAGACAUUGGAAGCCCAGUGGGACAACCCAGAUUUUGCAAAGUACAAAAACGCAUUUCCACCGGAGUAUUCUUCGUCUAAAGAGGCAUUGGAAACCCAUUUCGGAGUCCUUGUGAAGGCGGAUGUGAAAAUUGCCUAUCUCAAAAGUCUACAAGGUUACUUGUGGGAGGAAGGCUAUGCUUCGGGCGACUUGAAGGCACCCCUAUUCCCGGAUGUACCUGGGAAGCUAGCAGAAUGGCGAAAUAAGGGCCUCAAGAUCAUGAUCUAUUCGUCAGGAUCUGUUGCGGCACAGAAGUUGUUCUUUGGCCACACAGAUGCCUCCCCGUCAGAUCUGACACCGCAGAUCUCUGACUGGUUUGAUACUGUCAAUGCCGGCCUCAAGACGGAAACAAGCAGUUACAAGACCAUUGCUAGCAGACACCCCGAAUUCCCACCAGAACAGUGGUUAUUCCUGAGUGAUAACACCAAGGAGGUAGAUGCCGCCAUCGAGGCGGGCAUGCGAAGUGUGGUUGUUCAACGUCCAGGCAAUGCGCCCCUCUCGCCUGAAGUACCGCAACGCCUACAGGUCAUAGAGACUUUCGACUCUCUAGAUGAUGAUCUUAACGUCCGUGGAAAUUAAUUGGCAAGGGGCGGGAGAAGGCGACGACUAGAAUGAGGGCUCGUGACGAGAACACAACUCUCAACAUGGAGGCGAUUACAACAGUUAAGGAAUGGAAGCAAAUAAGACCAAAGGGAAAAAAAUACUGAGUGUGACGGAAUCACACCGGCGAGCCAAUCCGAUUCUGCCCUUCCGGCGGAGGGUGUCGAGGACUCGCAAAUCGGCCGGCACUCAACUUUGAUGUGGGGGAGCAGUCGGCGUGCUCCGGUUGCUACCUAAUAAAUCCAAAAGUUCCUCCCCUUACGUGUUGUACUCUAAUCUGAGGGAUCUCGUAGCGCAUUUGUACUCUUGUGCUCUGGAUAUGUGGCCAGGGGUAGCUCAGUACGUCGAGAAACAUCGCCUACGGGCAUCGAUUCACUUGCACUAAACUUGAUAUCCGAGACAUGGGAAAUUCGCCUCAUCUAGAACAAUGAAUGACAGGUAACACUUCAUGUCCGUAAUUUAAUCUCGCCGGUAGUAAAUGUCUCGGGACCAAGGGAUAGCUCGCCGUAACACUAUCGGUGGUGUGACCCCUUACGACGGGCAUUAAGUAUCAAUUUCAGGCAAUUUCCCAUAUCGCUUUUGAAGGGCGGGGAAGGCUUGAUGUAUGUCACAGACGCUGA